AUGGAGAAUGGUACUCCCACCCAAGGCGAAGGCAAGGACCCUUCAGGAUUCUUGAGCGAGAUCAUCGGUAGCUCAGUUACUGUCAAGCUGAACAGCGGAGUAGUCUACAAGGGAGAGCUACAAAGCAUUGAUGGCUACAUGAACUUAGCGCUGGAGAAGUGCGAGGAGCAUGUUGAUGGCGUAAAGAGGAGAAGUUACGGUGAUGCUUUUGUGCGGGGGAACAAUGUCAUGUACAUCUCCGCAGAUUGA